CGAAACCUCUCCCGUCAACACCAACUUGUCGUUUUGUUGAAAUCUCGUCGACAUUUUGCAGUUUGUUCUUCCUCGCAUUUCUCGUCCAUUGAACUAGGGGAAUUGCCUGUCGCUCGGAGCUUCCAAAUAUUCUCUGCAAAUAACGUUCCGUCAGAGUUGCAUUCACCUGCCGGUCGGUUGUUAAUCCGAGUGAAAUCGAUUUGACAUUGUUUCGCAAUUGUUGGAGCAGUUUCCAAUUACUAGCAUUACUGGUACCGGCGGAAAAGCGUACCACAAGCACCGCAUACUCUUUUAUUUGCUACAAAAAUAGGCCUCAGUCAAUCAAAGGAAGAAAAAGGAUCAUCAUCUCAUCCGCACAUUUCCCGUCAUCCCCUUGCCCCGAGCGGUUGUUCCCAUGUAUACCGAAGUGCGAACAGCAGCCACGUUUCUCGCCAAAUUCCUGCAAAGCAAAUCCUCAUCUGCUUCCGCAACGGCAGAACGUCUACUGACGUUUGAGCAGGCCCUUGUGGAUCGGCUGAUGGAAAGAUUCAAAGGACAUUGGGAUCCGCAGCGGCCUUGUAAAGGAAACGCGUUUAGAGCAGUCUGUGUAUUGAAUGGAGUGGUGGAUCGUGUUGUGGUGGAAGCGCUGAUGGCUGCGGGAAUAAAAGCAGAAGAACUCAACUUCCCAACAGAACUCGUGCUAUGGAUUGAUCCACAUUGCGUAAGUUAUCGGAUCGGCGAUUUUGGCCAGGUCGUAACGGUAUGGGAGAACAAGACUGCGUUAGAUUCGGACGCUGUCGAGGUGCCCCAUUUUUUCAAAACGAAUAACCGGACGAGAUCCCCGUCGUUCGGCCGCUCUCAAGCGCAGACGCCACCACCCAUGUCGCAAGGACAACCCCAGACCCCCCCACCUUUAUCUUCCAUGCACCCCCACUCGCAAUAUCCUUAUCAAAAAGCCGUGAUGGCCAAUUGAUUUUUUUGUUAUGAAUUAUCACUCUGUGUCUCUUAUCUUGUGUAAGAUGGAUCUUCUGCUGUACAAAGUUUGUAUUGUCAUUAAUUACAUACAAUCCGUUUUAUGUCUGUG